CCUCAAUCUUCACAUAUUAUAAAGAUUACUAUAUAUUUCCAUUUCUCUAUAUUUGCUUAUAAUUUUUUAUCUAGAAAAUAUUUUUUUAACUUGUACAUUUUAUUUUGAUUUUCUUUAGACCAAAUUUUUUUAAGAUGGAGAAGGUGAUGAGGUUGGCUACAGAAAAGGGUGUGGUGAUAUUCACAAAGAGUUCAUGUUGUCUAUGUUAUGCAGUGAAUGUUUUGUUUCAAGAAAUUGGAGUGUACCCUGUGGUUCAUGAAAUUGACAAAGAUCCUGAUGGCAAAGAAAUGGAGAAAGCUAUAACAAAGUUGGGUUGUAAUGCACCUGUCCCUGCAGUGUUCAUUGGAGGAAGACUUGUAGGGUCCACUAAUGAAGUAAUGUCCCUCCACUUAAGUGGUUCACUCGCUCCACUAUUGAGGCCAUAUAGAAUGUAACUUAAUUUGAUCUUGAUUAAUUAUUAGUUAGGGACACAUGCAAAGAACAUGUUCCUAUAGCUACCUUUAUUUAUUGGAAAGAAUAAAGUUCUAGUAGUAGUAAGUAAGAUUAGUAUUCACUAAUAUAGUCUAUCCUAUGAUGUGUGAUUAAGUUAUUAUUACUAGCAUUUGAUUAGUCAUAUUGUAAUCUUCUAAAUAUUCUUAAUAAGUCUUAUAAUUUAUAUA